GAAGGAAGGAAGAAAAGAAAUCAGACCCAAAUGGAUGGCUCCAGAGAUUCUGACAAGGAAUGCAUAUCCAAGAAGCAGGGUAUUGUUGCCCUGGGCGGAGCUGUUGGGUUUAAAGAGCUGGAACCCACCUGGGCUGAACCCAGCCCCAGCAGCCUCUCCAGAUCUGCACCCGGCUCUCAGCCCUGCUCUGCAGCCAUAUCAUGAACAGAGUGACGGGGGGCCUUCUCCUCACACUGUCAGGCCUGCCUGCCUUAGAAGCCAAUGACCUGGUUGAUAAAGACAGUCCCUUCUACUAUGACUGGGAAAGCCUGCAGCUGGGUGGCAUGAUAUUUGGAGGGCUCCUGUGCAUCGCUGGAAUCUUGAUAGCCCUGAGUGGAAAAUGCAAAUGCAAGUACAAUCAGAAGCACAGCCCCUUACCUGAGAAAGCCAUUCCACUCAUCACUCCAGGCUCUGCCAGUACCUGCUGACCACAGGACCAGCUUCAUGGCACUCUUGGUACUGGCUCCGAUGCUGUUCCUUCCCCACCUGGGGGCCCUACGCUCCAUUAUGGCCUUUCCCCCCAAGGGUGGGCCUUUAGGCUCCCUUCUGAUCAGAAGGCUGUGCAAAGCUUAUUUCUAAAUUAAA